ACCAAACCAGAGGGGAGGUAAAUUAUAUUUACAUUGAAAAUUAAAAAUGAAUUUUGUCCAUUUCAGUGUCAGCCGAACGGUGCCGUGUACUUCUUUAUUCUGAAUACUUGCUGCAGAUCAGUAUUCGAGUACAGCUCAAAGCAGAACAAAUUUGAAUAUUAAAGGAAACCCAAAUUCCGAUCCCAUUUCCCCGGCAGAGGAAAUUUGGUGACCGUUGGAAAAGCAUUAUUGGUGGGAUUUUGUGCUGCAACGAAGUAGAAAGGAGGACAUAAGGAGAGAUGCUCAGGUUUUCAAGGCGUUGCUUCUGCACUGGUGUCACACGGCCAUGGCUCUUUGUAGGCUUGGGUAAUCCUGGAGAUAAAUAUCGAGGGACUAGGCACAAUCAGGUGGGGUUUGAGAUGGCUGAUGCAUUCGCUGAAUCAGAAGGGAUUUGUAUGAACACAGUUCAUUGCAAAGCUAUUUUUGGACAAGGUUUUGUUGGUGAUGCCCCUGUGCUCCUUGCAAAGCCUCAAACUUAUAUGAAUUUGAGUGGUGAAUCUAUAGGGCCACUUGCAGCUUAUUAUAAGUUACCUCUUAAUCGUGUGAUUGUGUUUCAUGACGACAUGAACUUACCUUGUGGAGUGCUUCGACUUCACAACGCUGGAGGUCAUGGGAGGCACAACGGGCUGAAGAGUGUGAUUUACCAUUUUCGAGGGAAUCGAGAGUUUGCUCGACUAAGGAUUGGUAUUGGGAGCCCUCCUGGUCAAAUGGAUCCUAAAGCUUUUUUGCUUCAGAAAUUCAAUGCAGUAGCUCGAGAUCGAAUUGAUGCUGCUUUACCAGAAGGAGUUGAAGUAUUGAAGCUCCUUUUAUCUAAAGGGUUGACAGAGAGUGCAAGACAUUUCAACACACAACAGAAAUACAAGCAUAUAAGGUUACAAACUUUGCAGACUUGAAUAUCAGGUACUCUCUGGUUAUCACAGGAAGAGAGAGCAAGAGAGUUUCUGGACAACAUCAAUGAACGUAGUUACAGAAUUUAGUUAACUUUGUUGUGUAAUAUGAUGUGCUGUUAAUCAAAUAUUUAAUUGAAUCAUAGUACUACUGGGUUUCCUACCCAACAAUUCUUAUUUGAAACCCAUGCAAUGAAGUCAAAGGAAAAACCCGUGUAUAGUAAGAAAUAGAACGAGGGGAUUGUUUUGUUCACCCCUUGUGAAAUUGUUUAUCAUGAGAUAUGCCCAGAUUUUUUG